AAUACAUAGUAAUAUAUCUGACGGGUAUUAUCUCCACCCUAUUCUUUCGGUAUUAAUAUGUUUUACAUAUAAAUCAAAAAUAGCCAUAACACUUUCUCGUUUAUUACUUCGAGCUGUACCUGGGUAAAAAAUAUCUUUACUUAACAGAUAUGAUGAACAAAACCGCAGUUUUUGUUAUUUUGGUACUCCUUAGCGUCUCAUGCGUCAAAUCUGAUGAUAACAUCAACCGUUUCAGAGACCUAACACGCCAACCAAGAAUUUUGAACGACCUUUUGUUAAAUGUACAAAAUUUAGUCAGUAAUGUUCUUAAUGUAGGUUGCACAAUAACAGAAUUUUUCAUUAACAUUAUAACAAGUGUUCAGCGUUUCAUUGUUGAUAAAAUAAUUGUAGCACUACUAAAUUCAAUCCGCGGUGUUCUGUUUGAGGCAUUAGCGCCUCUGAUGGAUCUUAUUAUAAAUAUUGUAAAUGCCAUUGAUGCAGCUAUAGGUGCUAUAUUUCAAGGAAUAUCUAAUCUAAGCUGUGGUACAACUAAUGGCAUUGCUUCUUUAAUUAAUAGUGUACUUAGAUUUAUUAUAAAUAUAUAAAUAUUUCAGAAGAAUAGAUUUUUAACAAUGCUAACAAUGUACAAAAAAUAAUAAAUUUUUGAAUAUUAUGACAA